AUGACUUAUUCUCACGCGACAACGUCAAGUACGGAGAUAUACGGCCCCGGAACCUUUGUGGAUAAGGACUUCCUCCCCGCACCUCAGGAUGCUAGUCGCAUUUUCGAGUACAUCGCCAAACAGACGCCUGGGUUCGCCCAAGAUGCAGAACUAUGGAAAACUGUGAACUUCACUGGCAGCGAACUGCCUGUUAUCCCCGGUCCAUUCAAGGCGCCUCUCGUUGCCUCUGCCCUGCAUGCCAUGUGUGGUGUCGUCGCGCACGAGAUUGUCGAAGACCGCGAUGGUACUGCAGCCAAUGCUCAGAAAGUCAACGUGAACACCGACCAUGCGGCCAUCUGGCUAGGAACGAUCUUUGCGGCGUCCGUCGAGGGAAAGGAUAUGUCCGAACUGGUCCGGUCGCGGAAGCUCCCUAGCCUCUUCGACCGUGACUUCGAGAAAGGCUGGCAGGCAACACCCCUCCGACAACGAUCAACUGCCAUCUACAAAACCAAAACACCCGGCGUUUGGUAUCAGAUCCACGGUUCCUUGGACGCGGCACCCGUCCUGCGCGCUCUGGGAAUGGACCCCGAAUAUCCAGCCAAGACCUCGGAUGAAGCGUACGAGUAUAUCAGCAAGCAUGUCGAGCAAUGGACGGCAGAUGAGCUGGAGAUCCUGAACGUCAAGAACGGCUUCUGUGGUAGUAUCUGCUUUACGCCACAGGGGUGGUCGGAUACUAUGAUGGGAAAGAGACUUGCAGAGCACCCGCUGGUCGGUUACUCGCGUCAGUCACAUGCUAUCCCAACUCCUCCUGUUCCUCAUGCCAAGAUUGCCGAUGAUAAGCGUCCACUGGCAGGUAUCAAGGUGGUGGAGCUGGUCCGGAUCAUUGCUGGUCCUGUUAUCGGUAGCACCCUUGCUGCGCUUGGUGCGGAUGUCAUUCGUGUCAACUGCAGUCGGUUGGUUGAUCUGAACGUCCUGCAACUUACUUUGAAUGCCGGAAAGCGCACAAUCGAUAUCGAUCUUACCAAGGAGGAAGACAAGACGCGCUUACGUGAACUCAUCAAGGAAGCUGAUGUCUUUGUCCAAGGAUUCCGCCCCAACGCCAUCGCGCGAAAGGGCUUCGGUGUCAACGAUCUCCUCGAAAUGGCCGGAAACCGCGGCAAGGGCAUCGUCUACGUCGAGGAGAACUGCUACGGCCCCGACGGCCCGUACCAUGAGCGACCCGGGUGGCAGCAGAUCGGCGACGCAGCAUCCGGUUCAUCGUACGUGAUGGGCCGCUCGCUCGGAUUUACAGACGGGACCAGCGUGCUCCCGCCGCUGCCCAUCUCCGAUAUGACCACCGGUCUGGUAGGCGCGCUAGGAGCGCUGAUGGCACUGCGGGAUCGGGCCCGACACGGCGGCUCGUACCGAGUGACGAGCUCGCUGGUGAAGGCAGAUACGAUCAACCUUGAGCCGGAGAUCGGGCUGUACUCGCCUGAAGUGGUGGAGCGGAGCAAGCAGUUGUUCAAAUGGGGUCACAUUGGGCCCUCGCAGUUUGUGACGGAGAUCUUGCUCGUUGUCAUGGAUGGUUGGAAGAGUGUCUUCCCUCAGUACUUUGAAUCUGGUCCUGAAUCGCUCCUUACCACCUUCCAGGAGGGGCCGUGGGGUCGCAUGGAUAUUUUGAAGCCUGUGGUUCAGCUGAGUGAUGCCAAUGUCACUCCUCGCUGGUUGACACCUUCCGUUCCUAAUUGCUUCCAUGACCAAAGCAUUGAGUGGCUCUGAACUGGUUGAUGAGUGAUUUGACGGAUGACGUCAACGCAGGGAAAUUAUUUCCGAGACAAUGGACGGGAUUUGCAUCGUGUUUGUUUCAAAUCUCUUGUAUGAUAAUCCGGGCUAGUUUA